AUGUCGUGGUUGUGGGUAGCUCUGCUACAGGGUGCCGCCUUCGGCGACGUGUAUAGCCACGUCAUGCAUUGCAUCAGUGCUGCUGGCUUCAAAUCGCCCUUGACCGGGAGGAAUGCUGGUACUGUGGUCGCUAUACAGUACGACGAGCAGAUGCGUAAGGAUGCCGGGUGUGCUAUGGCCAUGAGCUCUCUUUCGAUAAGGGAAGCCUGUUCUAGCUUGUCCCGCCUUGAUUCCAAUAGGCUGAUACUACUUAUCGGUAAGGCCUCUGAUAACCACAAUAAGUCAUCUUAUAACAACAAAUCGUCCUACAAUAACUCUAGAGGUGGAGCUCACCGUUACGGUGGGAAGAAGAGACCCUUCACUGAUGAGGGCGAGGAGCUUUGGAAAAAGGUUAACGGCAAAUGGGUCAAGGUUCAAGGCUCGUCGGCUAGUGGCUCUAAGGAGGCCAAAUCUGGCGAUGUAAGCUGA